AUGGAUCGUGAAUUAGAUGAAUACCUCGAGCAACAAGGCGGUUCGAGGCUUCCAAUGAUGGGAUUUGCUCCAUUUUCACAAGCCUCCAAUGUCUUGGCUACGGGAAAUCUUCCCACGCCGGCGGCGAACGCCAACGUCCAAGAAGAGCUAGAGGCGGUGAAGCCGAAAGCCAAUGGCACCCGCACUGCAUAUUCUAGCAAGGAGUCCGAGCUCGUAGCAAUCUUGUGGGCGGAGGCAACCCACAAUCCUAUUUUGGGGACCUCCCAAAAGUUGCUCCAAUAUUGGGGAGCAAUCGCGGAGAAGUUCAACUCGCUCAAUGAGUCGGGAGCGCCGCCGCGAAAGCCGGAUCAUCUCAAGUCCCACUUCGCCCGUGUCCAAAAGAAGACGAAAUUCUUCGAGGGCUUCUACAACACUUGCAAGGAGAAUUGGGGGAGUGGUAUGGGCGACGAUCAAAUCUUCCAACAAGCCCAGACGAUGUUCGAGGUGAAUUUCAAGAAGCAAUUCUCCUACGUCAAAGCUUGGAAAGUGCUUCGCGAAUGCGAAAGAUUCAUGUCGCAAGCCGGGGAUGUCCACUCCACAAAAAAGUCGAAGGGCUCCGAUGGUGGAGCAACCACCACUUCUUCAGAGCCGAGUGUCACGACGAGACCCCAAGGCCAAAAAGCGGCAAAACGAGACAAGGGCAAGGCGAAGAAGGGAGAAGGGUCUUCGGGAGGAGGUUUGACGUUCUCCGACGCCCUCGAGAAGGUGGCCGAAAGCAUGAGGGAGCAUGCUCUCAAAACGGGGGAAAUCGCCGAGCAGCUUCAGCUUAGAGGAGUUUUUUGA